AUGCCUUCCAUAAUUCGCCAAGUCGUCCCGCUCGUCAUCGCCAUCGCCCUCAUCAGCGGCAUCGCUUGGGUCCUUUACCAGGUCUACCUCUCCUUCACCAAGAUCCGCGAGAGCGCGUCCGAGCGCAUGGGCAAGAAGAACGUCGUCUUCACAAAGGACGGCAUGCGCGUCGGCGUCCGGCAGAUGCAAAACGAAAAGUACGUCGACAAGACGCAGAGCUACGUCGUCAAGGCCUGGAAUCUGGCCAACGCCCAAAAGGACGAGGAAAUGUGA